AUGAAUGUUAUUGUUCCGUGCAUGAGGUGGGUUCCAAUCUGCUGGAGAGACCUACUUGGAUUCUUUUACAAAAACAAUGAAGGUGUUGAUGAUCCUCUCUCCGAUAUCUCUACUAUUAAUAACUCCCCCCCUACAGUUAUUGAGUCAGUCUGUGAUCCUCUAAUAGAGGACGACCCUCUUCAUAUUCUUGUUCCCGAUGAUAACCCUCUUAACAAACUCUAUGUUGAUCUCCCUGAUUCUAUAGUCGAAGAUAUACUUAGUAGACUUCCAGCAAAGUGCAUAUUUCAAUGCCAGCUUCUUUCUAAAGCUUUACAUGCCUUAACCAAAACUUCAAAUUUUACUCAAAUGCAACUGAAUCGAUCUAAUUCGGUGACAGUCGUGCAGCGCUUUCCUGACUUUGAUAGUGAAUAUGGUUUUAUCAAGCUUUAUUUUAUUGACGAGGAAUAUCAUAAUAUUGAGACAAAAACACUUGAUCUUCCCUCCUCUUAUAAGCGCAAGGAUAAUCGUAUAUCAAUUGUUGGUUCACAUGAUGGAAUUCUUUUAUUUACGAAUUUUUACCCGUGGGAGGAACCUGUCUGUUAUUAUCUGUGGAAUCCUGUUACAAAUGAGAAAUUGACUUGGUGUUUAGCCUUUCGUGUUAUUAGUUAUGUGUGUGGGUUUUAUUUUUGUUCCUUGAGAAGGGAGUAUGUGUUGCUUUUGGUUUACAAGGUAGGUGCCCGGUAUGAGUUCAAAGUCCUUACCAUUAAAACUGAAGCAAGGAAAGAUGUUGGCAGUUUCUCCUACCCCCCAUCUCGUGGUAGACCUCCUGUAAUUAUAAACAAGACCCUAUAUUGGAUGGUUGAUCAGGUCCUAUAUAAACGUGUACAUGGUGAUUGGCCUUGUUACUCACAUUUGAUUGUGUCAUUUGAAAUGGAAACUGAGAAGUUUAUAGCACUGGCUCAUAGUGGACGCAUAGGUAAGUCGGUGUAUGAGAACAUGUCGCUACAUUUAUUUGAGCUUGAAGGAGCAUUAUGCAUAUGUGAUCCUAUUUCAUCGACCGAACUUGAGUUAUCAGUAUUAAACCACAAAACUAAAUGUUGGGUAAAGAGGCACACUGUGAUUCUUCCAAUGUGUGGCAUAGAUAAAUUCAGCGAAUUUUGGAGGAAUAAGAAUGACACAGAAGCUAUUUGUUACAAGAAAAGUGAGUUGUUGGUGAGACAAAAGAAUAGAUUAUACGCUUACAAUCUUCAUUCAGGUACGUACAGGAUUGUUGAGAUGGGGUUUGUGGAUCAUCCCUUUCAAGCAACAAUGCAUGUCAACAGUCUUGUUCCAUUGUUAACGAUUGGAUAA